UUAAGGGAAUGCAUAUUGCAUUUUAACACCACCUUGUUCUUUCGUAGUCCCCAUGAAAUUAUGGAGGAGAUGCUCCAGAGGUGUCCUGAGGGCUGCCGGAACUUCAUUAGGGCACAACUGUCAGAGGCAGGGAAAAAGGACAGAGGGAGAAGGUUCAACAGACACAUGAAGGAUCUAGGGCUGCAGCUGUUACACAGCAGCCCAAAGGCCUACCGACAAAUGAAGGCCAUAUUCUCGCUUCCUUCUGGAAGGACACUUCGGCGUUACGUUAGCGCACGUGUGGGAUAUUUCUCUGUAAAUACGAAUUUAUUAAAUAAGACUACUCAACUUCGACCAGUUUCACAAUUUUAAGAUUGAACAAAAUCUGAUUAUUAACCUUUUAUUUCCUGACAGCCUGGCUUCCUACAGGGAAUCAUCUCCCAAAUGGGAGUCAUCGCCGCCACCAUGACCCCUGUGGAGAGGAUGUGUACACUCGUCCUGGACGAGAUGUCAAUCAAAAAACAAUUUGAUUACGAUCGCAAGAACGAUGCCAUUUAUUGUGUAUCUGCAUCUGGGGCUGCAGCAAAACAAGCGAUGGUCGUCAUGGCUAGGGGCAUUAUGGGGAAAUGGAAGCAGGCAAGCCAUACCUUAGAAAAACAUUUGUUAUGAUAUUGCCGUGUAUAUUCAAACACAUUUACCUAAGGCAUUUCUUUCAACAGACGGUUGGUUACUUCUUUUCCCCAUCUUCAAUGCCAGCAGAUGAUAUUGCUACCGUCAUUAAGGAUGCCAUUCGCCACCUACAUCAUAUAGGGCUGACAGUGCAGGCAGUAAUAUGUGACCAGGGAAGCCCUAAUGUGAAGGCUGUGCGGAACCUUGGGGCUAGCCUGGACCCUCUGGGAGGUGAGGAAUCCCACUGUAUCCUGGUGGGGGUUCAGAGGGUUCCUGUGAUUUUUGAUGUCCCUCACCUUCUGAAAUCAAUCAGGAACAACCUGUUCAAACAUGCCCUACAGACACAAGGAAAAACGGUCCUUUGGAAGCACAUCAGCCAAUUCUAUGAACUGGACAAGCUCCACACUAUUCGCAUGGCCCCGAAGCUUACUGAUAAGCACAUUCUGCUGCCAGCAUUUUCCAAGAUGCGUGUCAGUUUGGCUGCACAGGUGUUCAGCCACACUGUCUCUGCUGGCAUUUCUGCGAUGGUAACAUUGCAGAGACUGCCAGCAGAGGCAAAAGAUACAGCUGACUGUGUAGCCAAAUUAAAUCACCUUUUUGAUGUGCUAAAUUCCAGGUAAUUAUGUAAAAAAAAAAUAGCACCUUAACUUUACAAACAUACAACUU